UUUUCGGAUAAUGCAUUAGACCUAAUCAUAUAAAAUAGUACAUUUGUUAACAAACCAAUAAAAUACGGCGUCGAACUAUGUUUGAGGACAGCAAUUUUUAAUAAAGCUAUACGAUAUGACAUCACGCUGAUAAGUAUUUCUGAUCGAUAAGAUAUUGAUGUACGAAAACCAAUCAUUGUUCAGUGAACAGCGCCCCAUGAGACGUAAAGUGCAGAAUUCCAAAAACAUAAUAACCCCUUUAUUCUUAAUUAUUAGUAUUAUCAUCUGUAUAAAAUAGCUUAAUUGUGAAGCAAUGGAAGAUAUAAACAAGAAUAUCGAAGAGACUCUAAAUAUAAAAAAUGAAAAGGAUUCUAUCCUCAAAAAACAAGGUUGCGCUAGUGAAACGUGCUCAUCUCCCUCUGAAGAAAAAGCCCAAAAUGAAGAAAAACAAGAAUCAUUACAAGGAACUGCAGAUGCACCAGCUGCAAUUCAAAAAACCAAAAAUAGAGCAUUACCAAAAACUGCAAACACUUACGAGCUGGAGAACUUCGAGAAGAAGUAUAUGUUGAUUUUAAAUCACAGAGAAUUUAUUGGUUGUAUACCACGGCCUGGGACUGAAAAAGACGUAGAUGCACUUGACAAAACGUUCAAAAAGUUUGGUUUUGAAGUUAUAGUGAAAAACGAUCUGACGUAUCGCGAAAUAAUGGAUACUCUAACAAAAAUAUUUAAACAAGAUUUCACCGACUACGGGUGUAUUGUGGUAGCGGUUCUAACGCAUGGCGCACAGCAAGGCCUUAUUAGAGCCAAAGACAUGGAGUAUAAUGAAUUCGAAAUUAUUAAGCAUUUCAAUGUCGAUGUCAGACCAACUCUUGUGACAAAACCGAAGAUUUUAAUCGUUCAGGCUUGUCGAGGGCAAGGUAACAACGACUCUGUGACCGUUUUUGGUCAAAGAGGACCGACUCAGAGGAACUUGGAUGGUAAAGAAGCUCUACAACCUUAUACCUUGCCAGUCGAAUCCGACAUGCUGAUAUUGCACAGCUCGUAUAUGGGGAAAGUAUCGUUCAGUGACUCGCUAAACGGUUCGUGGUUUAUUCAAUCUCUUUGUUGUAUGAUAAACAAAUUGGCAACAACGCAUGACUUACAAUCCAUUAUGGUGGAAGUUAAUCGGCUAGUUGCUAUUGAACUUUUUGACAACGAGCACGAUACAACAAAACAAGAGCCCGAAUUAUUGAAACAAAUGCCAGUGAUUACUUCGACUUUAAUAAGGAAGCUGUACCUGAGAGCGUAUAGAGAUGAUACAACGGAGAUAGUACCCGAUAUUACACCCCCAUUGACGCCACCAAGUAUACAGUGCCACUGUCACGUAAAACAUUUCAAUUACAUAAGGGAUCAAUUAAAAUAUUACAUAGACGAACACCAAGACGAUAAUGAAGCGCAACUAUUAUACGAUAUGGUAAAAAUCUUUGGUGAUAGUCAUGAAUUCAACGAUGUGAAGAAGCAAAUGUUGCAAGUUAUCUCGAACUAUCUCAAUGGACCUAAUGUUAGACAAUAUAAGUUUAGGAAAUUUGUGUUCUUUUACAAACUGUAACACUACUCUCUAAAUAAACGAAUAUCGUGAC